AAAGCAAAGUGUGAUCGUUCGAUCUGUUUCACGGAAAGAUUUCGGUGUAACUGUAUAUUGUAUGACGGUUACAUAAAUUGUUGUCGGUGUGAUUUAAACACGAUUGGUCGUACACAUUAGUCCGCAAUUACAUAGUUAAUUUGAAUCAGUAGAGUUCUUAAUAUGCUAUUGUGAGAUACAUUUUCAUAAUGGUUGAAAUUAUUAUCAUUCCCGAGCCAUCAAACAACAGUUAUUUGUGACUUAGUCGACAUUAUCCGCCCGCCUACCGUAGCCUAUAUCAUCGUAGCCUGUCUUACCAUAUUCUUUGUUUUAAUCUUACUGUAGCUACAUAACAACGUCGUCUACACCAAAUUAGCGUCUGUGGUUAUUAAAUAUGUUUUCCAUCAUUUAUUUUGCGCAUUUGUUUAUUGACAUUCAUUUUAAAAUGCACCAGGCCCAUUAGCAGUAAAAAGUACAAGUAGGUUUAUUUUUCACAUUGCAUGACGUAUUGUCUCUUUUCGACCCCAGUACAGCUUGAAGCUUCUCAUGUUUAAGGUGACUGCUAUAUUCCGUGGGCACCCUAGCUGAUCUAUAUUGACCAGUAUGAGUCUACCUGAAAAACGCAGCAUAACAAAUUAUGCUGAACUGCAGGCGUGCUGAAAUGUUUAUAGACCUGCUCUCCGUAGCUGUAAGAUUCUUAUCUCGUUGUGAUCACCCAGAACUAGGACGCUGUUGCAUUUGACAGCCAAUCUCUCAGCUUCAUUUCAGUUCUUAUGGUCAGGGAAGCGGUCAAACAGGAAAAGCGUGUGAGCACCAAGAGCACACCGGCUGACCUGGUGACAGAGGCUGACCGUCAGGUAGAGGAAGUGAUCAUAUCCACCCUCAGAGAGAGGUUCCCAUCACACAGAUUCAUUGGUGAGGAGUCAUCUGCUGCUGGGGAAAAAUGCAUUCUAACAGACAGCCCCACCUGGAUAAUUGAUCCCAUUGAUGGAACCUGUAAUUUUGUCCACAGUUUUCCCAUGGUGGCCGUAAGCAUUGGAUUUGCAGUGAGAAAAGAGCUUGAAUUUGGCGUCAUAUACCAUUGCUUUGAAGAGACCUUGUACACUGCUAGGAAAGGCCAUGGGGCAUUUUGCAAUGGUCUAAGGCUUCAGGUAUCAAAGGAAAAAGAUGUGUCCAAAGCCCUGAUUUUAACAGAAAUAGGAGCCAAGAGAGACCCCAAAACACUCAAGAUCUUUUCAGGAAACAUUGAGAAGUUUCUGAGUGCACCUACUCAUGGGCUCAGGAUAAUUGGCAGCUCCACACUGUCACUGUGCUACAUAGCCACUGGAGCAGCUAAUGCCUAUUACCAGUAUGGGCUGCAUUGCUGGGACAUUGCGGCAGCGGCGGUCAUCAUCCGGGAAGCUGGGGGAGUGGUGAUUGACACCUCAGGGGGACCCCUCGACCUCAUGUCCCGCCGGGUCAUCGCGGCGGGGACCCAGGAGAUCGCCAGUUUCAUCGUCCAGCAGCUGGAGCCAAUCAGCUACGAGCGAGACGACCACGACGUUGGCGCCCAGUCGUUGUAGACUGAACGUAGACUUGGAGACCAGUUCCCCGUCUCUCAUUCUCAGCCUCUUACCUCCAAUCAGAAAAUCCUGCCAAACCUGGAAUCAGUCCUGUACACAGUAAAAUUGUCAGUGUUCAGUCAACUCUAUCCAAGUACGUAUGGUCCCUAGUGGACUCAAAUGUACUUUUAGAGUUGAAUUUUUACUGUGUACCAUAACCUGGGACCUCAUACACAAAUCAACUGUAUAUCUGGUGAAUACUACAGCACCUACUUGUUGAGCUGUAAUAUGAUUUUAAAAAAUUUAAUACUUUCCCUUUCUAUGGAAAAUAUUGAGUUCAUCCAGUUUUCAAUCCAUAACUUUUUUUUAUGUGCACAUAGUUUAUGUGGUGUCUCACUAAAGUAAUGUAAUGGAUUAAUGAUAUAUUUCUGAAUGCUUCCCUAAUAAUAGGAGGUCAUUCUCUUAUUCUAAGCUGAUUUUCAUUUCAAGCCAUGCAACUAAAAAAUGAAGCUUGAAGAGAUUUAGAUUUAGAGCAAUACACACACACACACACACAGGUGAUGAAUACAAAUUACAAUGUGCACAGUAAAAGGUCCAGUGUUAAUUGAACUCUAACAGAGUACAUAUGGGGUCUAGUAGGGACCAUAUGUGCUCUAAAAGAGUUGAUUGAACACUGUACAUUUUACUGUGCACAUUGCACAACUUUAAUGGGAAAUUUAGGAGCACUACUUAGUGAUUUUUUAAAUGGAGCAGAAUUUUUUAUUUUGCUGAAAAUGUGUCAUAAUUUGACAUGAAACUAUUUGGAACUCACACCUUUUUAAGUAUUUGUUUAUUAUAUCAAGUUGGGAUCUUAUUCCUUGCAUACGCUAUGCUGUGUUGCCUGAUGAGUAGACUAUUUGUGGAUACAAAUUCAUAUUAGGACUAUUGAAAAAAGAACAGUAGUAGAAACAUAAUGUAUGAGGUUUAUACUGGUGCUUGUUCUACAAUGUUACAAAACUAGAAGUCUCCAGGUAUCUUUAGAUUUAAUAUAAUUGUAAAAUGUGAAAACAGGAUAAUAGUCAGUACUAUAGUUAGUGAUGCCAUUGCACUGAUUGAAAUUUCCCACAGAAUAGUGUCUGUUAAUUAAAUUUUGCUUUAGUUUAUAUUUGUCAAAGAACAAAAGUAAGAGCUGUAAUUGAUGGCUAAUGUCUGUUUUAAGUAUUUUUCUGAAAUUAAAAAAUAUAAUGGGAAUAAUUGAUAAUAAUAAUUUAGAUAAUUAGAAAACAAUAUAUAAAAAACUUUCACUCUUAUUGUCCUCUCUUACAUUCCCACCCAAAAUAAAAAUUAUUUCUAAAAAAUAAUUAAAAUAAAUAUAAAGUAAAAGGAAAUAAUUAAUAUUAUUCCUUAGCACUUUAAACAUUAUUUAAAUUUAAAAUAGAUAAUAGUACUAAUAUUAAAUAAGAAUAUGGUCGUCCCUGUAACUGUCAUGAGCUGGAAAUGCAAAUAUUGUGAUACUCUAUUCAUCCGUUUUAAAAGAAAGCUAAACAUUUAAAGAAAGCCCAUCUUCUCUUUGAUGAAACCAAGGAAAGGAAUACAUGAUUUUGCAGAGCUUCAUUUACACAGUCUUUUAAAGAUGGGUUGGGUUUUUGGUUAUAAACGCCUCCUUUAUUGUGGUAGAGAAAUAGUGGUAUUGUAUUCAACAGUGGUGCAUGUUGCAAACAGCAUCAACAUAAUCCUUGGCAGUGAUGGCAUUACUUGUAUUCAAUUAUGUGAAUUUAUCUGUUUUUAUGAAUGCUGAACCAUCAACAAGAGUCUGUGGAAAUUUAUCUUUAUCAUCAGUUGGGUAACCUGCCCAACAAGGAUCUUUUCUGUGUGCAGUCCAAUUAUGUACCAAAUAGAUAAAGUUCUCUAGUAUGCCAUUGAACAGAAUUCAAGGCACAGAUGCACCUGCUAAAUCAUUGGUAUCUUUUUGGAAGUUUGAGGAUAAUCCCUGAAAAUAAUUAUCAGCAUUACUGAAUGUCAAAUACAACUUUUUAAAAUAUUUAUCCAAUAAGGCAAUUUUUGUGCAAAGUCAAUCAGAAUUUAAAAAUUAAACCCAAAGAACCUACCAGCCACACCCUAAGUCAGUGACCUUUCAAUGGUUACAAACCACAAUCAGUGCCUUCCAAAGUGUCAUUCAGCAUGAUACUAAUCAGUCUGACAAGGAUUACUGCACAGUAAAACCUUCAGUGUUAAAUCAACUUGUAGAGUACAUAUGACCCCUACUGGACUCAUAUAUACUCAUUUAGAGUUGAAUUAACACUGGACAUUUUGCUAUGUGGCAGCAGCAGCAAAGGCAAAGCAGCAGAAACUUGCAAAAGGAAAACACAUUUUAUUAAACUGUAACUUGCUUUGUAUGAAAAUAGACUUUGGGGGCUAAAAUCAAUUAGGUCGAAUUACUGUUUUCCUGGAAGGGAAGUGUGAAUUUUAAAGAACUUCAAAACAACAAGGCAGAGGCAAGGCCACAAAUGCUUUGGUGACUAUCUUGGACCACCUCUCUAUACUAAUGGAAAUAUACAGAAUUGUUUUAUGGAAAUAAAAUACAAAUAAAUUGCAA